AUGCUGGGGGAUGAGCGCCUGGAGACAUCCAGUAGCCACUUCAGAGCGCUGAGAGAAGCCGAAACUAUCAUCGAAGAAGCUAAAGCCGGAAGGCUCUCGCCACAAGCCAUUUCACCGAAACAACUCUAUAAAGCAACAAGGGAUAUCAUGGAAAAACAUCCCAACUUUAACCCGCCACAGCCAAUUGACAGAAUGGAGAUAUCAACCCUGUCAUCGGUAUCAAGUGUCAAGGUAGCAAGAGCGAAGAGAUACUCACUCAUCAUAGUAACCCUCCCCUUGUUCCAUAAGACUCUAUUAUUGUCAUAUAAGUUGAGACCACUGCCAAAACCAGAAAAUCUGAAUGGUAAGGUCCCAACAUUGGCGAUAUUACCAUCAGAAAAGUUUUUAAUCACAGACCCGGAUGUGCAACAAUAUUAUUUAGCAGAUGCUGACUACAUCACUAAGUGCAAGGAUAUCGGAGACGAUUUGUCCUGUCGUCCAGACAUCCCACUUCAAUCCACGGAAAACCCGGAAGAAGUCGACUGUGAAAUGAGAUUAUUGAUGAAAUCAACCGAAGAAGUUAUGCGGACCUGCAAUGUUCGAAUUAUUCUCAAGUGCAAGACCACCGGGACUCAACUUCACCAACCGAACGCUUGGGCAUAUUCGACAUGUGCAGAGGAAAAAUUAAGCUUCAAAUGUUCAAACCGUAUUGAAAAAGAUUGUGACAUCAAUGGGACGGGAAUGAUCCAAGUUGAAAACGGAUGCGAAGUCAGAAACGGAAAGUAUCUACUCGAGAGCGUAGACGAAGAAACAACUCAACUCAAUGUAACUCUGCCAACAUUGAAUUUGACCCUGGUAUCUCUGUCAUCAAAUUUAUCAGCCCAACCAAAUGUGGGUCGGUACAGUUUUGCCGAAAAAUUAGAAAUAGGGAAAUAG